AUGGUUGGCUUACUGUUAAAGAGUAUGACGCCAGUCCACUGGCCGAUAACGAUGAUGAUGCUACUAAACUGCGCGGGGCCAUCACACGUGCUACCCAGGCGCGUAGGUAUUCUCCAUACGCCCAGUCAGGGUCGAGACAGCAGCGGCAGUUCUCAUCUGAGCAGCCUUUUCAACCGCCUACUUAUAAGCAGCAGUCCUUUCGUUGGUUUACGCCAGGAAAUGCGACAGUUAUGCCAAGGGGUUAUGUCGGAGGUUCGAGCCAGCAGCAGCGAUUCCCGCUCGGGUCUUGUUUCAUCUGUCACCUCGGAGGACAUUACGCCAAAGCCUGCCCUUACGUCCAGAGGAGCACAGUUCCUCCCCGGUUCUCAGGCUACGAAGGUCACCCAAGGUCAUCAAGUACAGCCGGAAGUGAGCCGGAUAAGUAAUACAUUUCCUCGCAACGGGGUUUGGAGUGAUGUAUUGGACUUUGCCUGUAAUCCUUGUUUAUGUGCAGCCGUUCACCAGUUACCGGACAUAGUGCGAUCCUCAAAAUCCAAGAACACAAACAAAAAGUAUGAUCAAUAUUUUGUAAAGUUUACAGAGUGGUGUAAGUGUCAUUCUCUUGAAUCGUUACCAGCCAAUGUAUCUACAGUGUGUAUUUUCUUUAUUAUAGCAUAA